UGUACUUGAUUAGGAAUCCGUAAGUUUCCUUUGUUCGUUUUGCAUCGCUCAUCGUUUUCUGCAGCUUCUGUGCCCCUGCGCUGUCUCGCUGCGGCUUGAGGAGAUACAACAAAAAUGCCUUAUCCCGAGGAAGCAGAAGGAUUCCAGGUCGACAGCCCUGACAGCUGGACCACCUUCCACAAGCGUUAUUUCCCUCUCAACCCGUUCGGCGACUAUGAUGUCGACGUCAAGAUCGAGGCAUGCGGUAUCUGCGGUAGUGACGUUCAUAUCAUUAGUGGUGGAUGGGGAAAGCAGCACUUCCCUCUCUGCGUCGGCCACGAAAUCGUUGGUACGGCGAUCCGCGUGGGCCCCAAGGUGACUCUCAUCAAGGAGGGUCAGCGCGUUGGUGUCGGUGCCCAGGUCUUCUCUUGCGGAGAAUGCAAGCAGUGCAAGAACGACAACGAGACGUACUGCCAGUACAAGCUGAUUGACACCUAUGGCUCCAAGUGGCCUGAGACUGGACUCGUCAGCCAGGGCGGUUACGCAUCCCACAUCCGCGUGCACGAAUGGUGGGUGUUCCCCAUUCCGGAGAAGCUGGAGACCACCAUCGUUGCUCCUAUGCUGUGCGCUGGUAUCACCGUGUUCUCUCCCCUGGUGCGGAACGGCUGCGGCCCGGGCAAGAAGGUCGGUAUUGUCGGUAUCGGUGGUCUUGGCCACUUCGGUCUGCAGUUCGCAAAGGCGCUGGGCGCUGAGGUUUGGGCUAUCUCCCGUACCAGGGCUAAGGAGGAGGAUGCCCGAAAGCUGGGAGCUGAUGGCUUCAUUGCCACUGCUGAAGAAGGAUGGGAGAAGCCUCACCGCUGCACAUUCGAUCUGAUCGUCAAUGCGGCCAACUCGACCAAGAACUUCGACCUCGCCAAGUACCUUUCCAUGAUGGAUGUUCACGGCCACUGGAUCAAUGUUGGUCUCCCCGAGGAGGAGGGACAGGUGAUCAAGGCCCAGCACCUGAUCAGCAAUGGUGUUUUGAUCGGUGCCACCCACCUGGGAAGUCGCCGUGAGAUGCUCCAGAUGCUGCAGCUGGCGGCCGACAAGAACCUCAAGGCCUGGGCUGAGGAGGUCCAAAUCAACGAGGAGAACCUUGCUGUGGCUGUCCAGCGCAUGAAGAAGGGCGAUGUCCGCUACCGGAUGACCCUGACCGGCUAUGACAAGGUCUUCGGAAACUAGAAUGCAGUAUUUGCAAUGAAUGCACUGUACAUAGCCCCUUGCUGAUGACGAUAUGAACUCAAAGAAGCGGUCUAAGAAUGAAUAAUCAAGUAAAGGAUCAUAUAAAGCAUGAAGACGACAGCAUGUCGUGUAAAUUGAAAUAUACAGAUGUAGAGGAAACUAUAGGAACGGGUUCUUUU